AUGGAUAUACUUACAGAGAAGUGGUAUGGCGCUUUGCCUUGUUUUAAACUAAGCCCAGACUACGGCAUCCAACCGAAACCUUUGGGUGUUGCUGCUGUCGCGGGUGUUUUUAUACUACUUGGUGUUGGUAUGAUCGUGGGUUGUUUAAUAUUGAUCUUGGAACAUCUGUUUUAUAAGUAUACUUUACCAAUUUUACGUCAUCAGCCAAAGGGGACGAUUUGGAGGAGCAGAAAUAUUAUGUUCUUUAGCCAGAAAUUAUACAGGUUUAUAAACUGCGUUGAACUGGUAUCCCCACAUCACGCGGCGCGCGAAUUAGUUAACACUAUUCGCCAAGGGCAUUUCACUUCUCUUUUCCAGAAAAGUGUUAAAAGGAAGGAACACGAACAACGUAGAAGAAGAAAAAGCAAAGCACAGUUUUUUGAAAUGAUCCAAGAAAUUAGAAGGGUUCAGCAAGGGCGGGAUCAUUCAUUGGAUUCCAUAAAGGAAAAUGUAGCCAUAGAAACUUCUGAAAUUUCAGCAGAAGUGACCGAGUCAAAGUUUUUAUCCCCUUCUCCGGAGAUAUUAAUACCCGACUUCGAACACCUUCUCCUAUGGUUCGUCGAGCAGAGGCUUCCUCAACUCGUUCCUACCAAGAUGUUUCUGAAAGAUCAGACAACUACU